UUCAUUUCUCCCUGAUUAUGAUCAAUGUGGCGUAGCUGUUAUGAUCGAAAUUUGAUGGUUUUUUUCCGAUUUGAUCAUAAUUUAAAAAGUUUGGAUGUAAUUAGGAAAACCAUCACUGACAGAAUCGGAUUAUGCCAAAUAGUGCUCUAAUGUCUAAUCAUAAUCAAAUCGGAAAUCGGUUGGUAUAAACACUAAACAAAAUAAAUAUAAAUUCUAUCACGAUGUGCACUACGCUUGGCUUUGCAAAUUCGUCACUGAUCGAGCGCUCGACAUGUCCGGAUCAUCCGCGUCCGCCGGCGACGCGCCGCCGCCGACGACGUCGGUGACCGCGUCGACCAUCGUCGCCGAGGUCGUGUCCGGAUCGCACGUGCUCAAGAUCGACGGCUUCUCGCAGACCAUCGGCGCAAGCGACGGCGGCAGCUACGUUAAAUCCGGCAGGUUCGUCGUCGGAGGCCAUGGCUGGCGCGUCGGGUACCGCGCCAACGGCGACGGAGACGACGACGGCGCCGACGCCGGCUGGAUCUCCAUCGCUCUUCACCUCGACGACCCCAAUGUCGAUGGUGUUAGAAGUAUAAUAUGUUAGUUAGAUAUAAGAGUUAAAUACAAAUUAUAGAGAUAAGAUAAAUCGUAGAGAUAGAAUCCUAAAGAUAA